UGUGAGCAUUCGAGAAGAUUCUUCAUCAUGAAAAUGUUUAUGCUCGCCUGUCUGGUGGCUGUGGCCGCUGCGGCGCCACAGCAGGUCUUUGACGAGUUCGGCAACGUGGUGGUGGAGCAGUUCAGUCUGCCCAAGAUCCGGCUGAUUUCACAGCGGUUUGUACAGGACGGUCGGGGCAACUACGAGUACGGAUACGAACAGGACAACGAACAGAAGGUGGAGGAGGUGGGCCGCAGCUUCCCGGGACCCGAGCCGGAGACGGGUAGCAUCAGCAAGGACGGCAGCUUUGAGUUUGUUUCGCCCGAGGGUCUGAAGUUCCGCGUCGACUACCAGGCCGAUGAGGGCGGCUUCAAGCCAGUGGGCGACCACCUGCCCGUGCCGCCGACGCAGCUCCCGGAGUACGCCCAGCUGCGGGCCCAAAACCCAGAGCUCUUCAUCCCAUCCCCGUAGAGGCCCUGGCAGCGUUUCCGGGGAGGGAGCUUUGGGGCAUCAUGAAGGCUUACGCGACGCUGGCACCGGGACGAUUCACCAACACCGGUGUCGUCAAUGUUUUGUGUUGUGUCUCGCAUGCUACCCAAACUCUCCUUGAUGGCUGCGGAAACAUGCCUGUGAAUCUCUUCGGCCGCGUCAUGAGUCGAGAUGUGCGCCGAAGGCGGAUAUCGAACCAUGUGUGAUAGAAAUGGGUUCAAGUUCUGGAAAUUAAGUCUAGGUGCAGCUAUAAUAAGUUGAUUGUGCUUCCUUUACGUUAAAGCACAAUGCGCUACAUGGUCAUACACAGAAAAGGCUGCUAAGCGCUGUCGGAGAAUGAGAGUCGCUUGUAACGUGGUUCUACCUUCAGUGUGCUAAGCUCGAUGCCAUCUCAGUGUUGCAGACAAUAUAAACAUGUCGUGCAAAGGCCCCCUUUGACGAACGUCGUAUUGAUCAAGAGCCGAGCGUCUAGCAGGCCGUGACACAGUUAGAGGGUCACAAGGGGCGUUUUUAGAGUGGUAGAAUACCACUCUGAAAAAACAUGGGACGGAAACGACAACAAUUUUAGGCCCUAGUUUUGGUUUGCAACAUUCACUUUUCAAUGCUUGAGCCAGGUCAUUAGCCAAAAUCACAUCCAGCCUAUGGUUGACACGAAAUGUCUGUUUUAAGAAUUUGUUGAAAUUAAGUAUGAAAACAUUCAUGAAUUUCGUGUUAUAUCAACCCCGUUUUUUUCGGAUAUCAUCAAAACUCGCUAGCGGCGAUAAGCUUUGGGCCUUUAGUGAAUGGCGAAUUAGAGCCUCUGGACAGAUUUCGCCAACACAUGCUCCCAGACUCCGCGGAGCCGCCUGGCGACGGGCUGUAUUGGCGACGUAUUGGUGGCCGUCCACCUUCAUCCUUCUGGCGGGCUGGCCGGCACAGCCCGCCGCCGAAGCAUAUGGGUAUCUCAAUCGCUCUACGGCGUACCUUUCCUACUAGCCCGCAGGGUUUGUGGCUUGACAGCCUGCUUUUCAUGGAGCUGUGAGUCCAAUUCUACUCGAUCAAUUCGAUGAAACCGGCACCAAACAAAAUAUUACUUGUGUUCAGGCAAUUCUUGCCAAUUUUUGUAAAGAGAAGCAAAACUCCCACGGCGUAUCGGGUCAAUAUUUGCGUGCACGGUACGCCGUGAACUUUCCGACACUCGCCGCAAAUCAAGUAGCCUUUAUCGCUUUAUCAGCGUGCCGGAUCCAGAAAUGAAAGGUGUUGUGUUCAAAGCCGGACCGUUCUAGAACUUUUCUACGACCUCCCUUUGGGACAUGCUUGAUCGUUUGCCAUCAGCGUAUAUAUGCUAGCAGUGCAAUGUGGUGCGCGGCGUCUUGACAAUGCAGUCUGGGCGCAACAUGCAUUGCAUUUUUUUAUAGUGGGCCAAUGCGAGACCUCUUUUUUCCCUCGACGGACCUAGUCACCUCCGAGUGAGGGAGAUCUACUUCCGGCAAAAGGCCAGGCAACGAUUACGUUAAACCGGCUUAUGCUGUCCGGCGCAAAGCGAGGGGGAGGGUAUUUGCAAGUGACGUUACGUUAAGCUGGCUCAUUUUUGUCCAGCAAGGUCAUAGCAAGUAAAUCAGACCGCAGCGACAGAUAUAUUUAUUUCAUGACGACAUAACACGCAUUCAGUACGUUUGAACAAGUGAGCCUCCUCACCGGCCCUUCCGCCUUACUCCUGGGGUGCCAUGCGUCCUGCGUGGUGUGUUCGUGUCAGCGAUGGCCUUGGCUCAGCUGACUUGUCGGCAACCUGUGUGAUGGAUGGGUGCCGGCCCGCUUCAUCGCAGCAACGGGGAGAUCAGCCCCGGGCUCCGCUGCUCGGCACGACCUUGUGGUGUUGUGUGAUGUUAAUGAUGUGAUGAUGAGUCCUGGAAAGUCCUAACUAAGGAAACCAGGACUCCUAGCCAAUAGGGAAAAACCUGCAAUCUUUGCCAAAUUAUGCGGGAAAACCCUUUAUUCAAAUGAAAAUAUAUAAUCCUGUACUCUGUAAAAACUCAAAGAGGAGAACGAUCAAAUCAGGAUAAGAAUCACCGAGAACAGAAUGGAGAUUGAAUGGAAGAC